AUGGCAAUGCAAGGAAAAGAUCUUAGCAAGAUUCUUGAGGCACAAGCCAAACUUGCAGCAUCACGAGGGUUUACGCUCGAGUACCAAAGGGAGCAGGAACAAUCAGAGAAUCGUAUUGCGCAACCCGAGUUAGCACCAGCUACUCACGAUAAGUACGAUCGUGCAGUGCAGAUCUGGGUCCUACUUUCUCGAGGAGAACCAGGUGAUCUUGGUAGCAUGAAAGAUGAACCAGCACCAUCUCCUCAAGUCUUUAAGUCAUUUGUGGAACACUAUAUUACCACACGAAAAAAAUUACCCUCCCAAAAAUCAGUGUAUAAUCAUUUCAUCAACUUUAUUUCGUUUUGGGAACGCACCACAUUUCGGAAGGUCGCCGUUGAGGUUAAAGAAGAUCUUAUCAAUUUUAUCGAGGGGGAUAUGACAAAGAAGCAUAAGCUCCGCACAAAGCCACGCGAGCCGUUUUUAGUCACAGCAAAAGACAUUGACUACCUUCUACGCCGGUUAUUUACCAGCGAUCCCCACGAUUAUAUCCACGAGAGGGCUAGGGUACAAACCGGAUCGUCACUUUCUUUAUUCGCUGGUUCCGGGGCCCGGGCCGGUGCGAUCGUGGAGUCGAGUGCUUAUCGCCACACCAACGAGUGUCUUUACUACAGGCAUAUCAAAUUCCACUUAAAGUGGGGUCGAGAACCAGGCACUAUUAAACGAUGGGUCACAAUCGAAUCCGAAUUCUUAAAGGGAUCGCGAUACCAAGACAAUGCCAUUCUACCGAAAAAUUGGUUCCGAGAGCACCCGGUACUAGGAAAAGGUUUCAUUUUCUGGGUCAUUGUCCACGGGAUCGCGGAUAAUGCAUUCAAGAACAUUACUAGUCUCGACCAACUCUUAGCGCAGCGCCCACCUAAAGGCAGAGAGUCAUGGACUCUCCAAUGGACGGAAGAAGCGAAAGAUCUCUCUUUCUUCCGAAUGGUUACCCCCGAAGGGCCUUUGAAGAAUAGGGCAUUGACGUUCGCAUCACUACGUCAUAACAACAUGAGUCUAGCUAGACGAGACGGCUUUAAAGACCCACUACGUGUACACGGCAUUCGGGGCGGUGUUGCAAACAAAGUUGACGGGCAAUCGUCUGAGGCUAGUCGUAGCCAAGCACUUGAUCACCAAAAUCCUGACACCUUUCUAAAAUACCAGUCCCCUCUAAAAGCAUUGGAUGUUGGAGCAAUGUUCUUUGACUUAGAACAGGAUCUUGAGUGCCGAGAUAUGGAACAAAGCAUGGCUCAUCACCGCGAUCCUAACGCUCCUGUCUCUCUGAAUGCGGCUGCUCGCGAAAGGUUCUCGCAGAGUGAGGAGAUUGCACUAAUCGACGCAGAGAUUGUGAUGCUUACACAGCAAAUUUCCGGCAAGCCGAAGGAUCAUCCAGAGCUCGAGGCUAAACGUACAAAACUUUAUAGUACAAAGGCCAACAAGCUUCAGGCCGCCACGUCAUUAUUCAUUUCGGAAUGGUGGGAUGCUUCGUAUGAUGCAUAUAUGGCAGGCAAUGAAUUUGAGGAGCAUGACAAGACUUGUAUCUUUGAGAUACUGGAGAAAUACCUUCCCCAGCGUGCGCGUCUCAAAGAAAACCUAUUCAAAAAGGUAACCCUUGAUAGUGUUAUUGGCCGACAAUGCCUGCGAGAUAUGAUUCACCUAUGUUGCGAUACUGAAAGGGUUGUCUACUACCCUGGGUUAUGCCCUGAAGACGGCCGAUGUCCAAUUUGUAAAACGAGCAUGUCGAGCAUUGCAUAUAGUGGCCGCGCGAAACAUAUAUUGCAGUGUCGAAGGAAAGAGCUAGGCUCUGCUCCUUACCAGCAGCGAUACACGAAUGGCAAACGCGCUCAUCGCCGGGUUCAACGGAAUUUCGCUCAAUUUUGUUAUCUUUGUGCGGAAUUUUACUACGACCAACAGAGCUGGAUGCAGCAUUGCAAAUCGCAUCUUGAUCACCUUAGGCCUCGAUGCGGUCUCUUGACAUUUCGCUAUACGCUUGUUGCCCCGGCUUUCUGUCCUUUUUGCCUCGGCGAUGAAAACAAAGACCCAGAUGAAAAAUUUCAGCAAUGGGUGAAGAAAGCCACACUUUGGAAUCAUAUAGACUCCCAUCUUCGUAAGUUUAAGUCUGACUCGGCGAUACCAUGUCCGCAUCCGUUGUGUAAUCAACAGAUCUAUGCGGACAAAAAAAGCCUUCGAAGACACUUAUAUGAUGGACACUCGAUUGAUGAACCACGUCCCAACUGCCUUGCUCGCAAAAGGAAGGCGGAAGAUGAGACUGACAUAUCGGAGAACUUGGGUUCGGAAUUCAAAAUCCAGAAAAUGGACACUUGCGCAUCGUGA